GAAUCGUUGAUUUUUCCCUUUUGAGAUAUUUUUGAAGCCCUCAAAAACGUUGCUACUCAGUUCAAUGGAUAGCGUUAUUCAGCCUUCGUGCAACGGAUCUCUUCUCUGGUAAUUUAUUGGUAAAGUCUCUGUAAAAAAUAUAAAAUGGUGAGAACCAUAUUCAUACUUUUCAGCUGUAUCCAGUUACAAGCUGUGAAUCAAAAUGAUCUCGUGAUGAGCCCAUCCUUGCAUUUGAAUGAUGUGUACACUACAAUACGAUUAAAGGCAAAAUUGAAGAAAUAUUUCAAUAUAAAACUGUGACUCUACGUUGUGGAACAAAAUUAUGAGUGCGGAAAUGAAGAAAUAGUCGUUUUGAUCAUAUUUGCUGUAUCCAGUUACAAGCGCGGAAGUGAAUCAGAAUGAUCUCGUGAUGAGCCCAUCCUUUACAUUUGAAUACACACGUCUCCACUACAAUGCAAUAAAAGAUAAAAAUGAGGAAAUAUUUCAAUAUAAAACUGUGGAACGAAAGAAUGAGUGUUGAAAUGUAGAAAUAGUCGUUUUGGGUCAUAUUUGUUUAAAUUUUAAAUAAAGGCUUCGCGAUUAAAACCAAAGAUUCUUCAUAAAAGUAAGUCAGAGUAUUUACAACAUUACAUUCUCAAUAAAUUUCUUGUAUAAAAAUGGCUUCACCAUCUAAAAAACUGAAGAUUGAAGCAAACGGAUCUUGUUUAAGUAAACUCUUGAUAAAUAAAGGAACACAAGCUUUGAAAACAACAUUGCAGUCUAAUAUAAAUUUUCGUUCGUCAAACCUAAGCCAUGAACUUAAUAAACCCUCAAAUAAAAUUACAUUGGAAUCAUUAAGAAAAAAAAGCGUCAUUAACAAAGAGCAAUGGAACCUUCUUUACCCAUCAACUGGCUUGCCAAACCUUGAAAACUUUGAUAUUUCAUUAUUGACUGUCUUAUUGCGUAACAUAUGUGGUCUAACAGCGCCUCAUGGUGGAUGGGAUAAUCUUCCUUCCUCUUCAGAUACCUCAAUCUCAGCAAAUAUUGCAAGAAUAAAGUUUUAUCGAAACAAAGUGUACGGUCACAUAACUACAACUACUGUAGAUGACAGUGAGUUUGAGAACUUGUGGCAAGAAAUUUCAAAAGCAUUGGUUGGUCUGGGUAUUCAACAAACUGAAAUAGAUGAAGCAAAGAAAGCUCCCCUCAGUCCUAAUGAGGCAAAUUAUAUUGAAAUAUUGAAAAACUGGUAUGAAAAAGAAAAACAGUUAAUCGAUGUCGCUGAGGAAACUAAAGAGAAUGUAAAAGAAUUAAAAAAAGAUUUUGAAGUUAUGAAAAAUAAAGUUGAAGAAAUUAAAGAAAACAUGGCAACAAAAGCUGAUGUAGAAAUGCUAGAGGACAAAAUAUGCUCAGAUCUUCAGAAGCUUGGAAAGUGUAAGUUUAAUGGCCUCAUAAAAGAUCUUAACAAGAAAUACCUUGAAGGCACUAGACGAUGGUUAUUUGAAAAACUCGACACUUGGUUUAACGACAGAAGUGAAGAUGCUUCUAAUGUCAUGAUUUUGACUGCCGGUCCUGGCGUUGGUAAAAGUGUGUUCGCUGCUGAGUUGUGUCGACGAUAUUCUGAAAAGAAGAAACUUGCUGCUUCUCAUUUCUGCAGAUAUAAUAGAUCAGAUGAGAGGAAUCCUCGAAUGUUGAUAGAAUCAUUGGCUAGUAGCAUGUGUGAUACAAUAUCAGAUUUUAAAUGUAAACUGAAUGAAGAAUUACAGAGAAAACAUUCCUACGAAUCAGUCACCGAUGUAUUCCGUGUUUUAUUAAAUAAUCCAUUGCAUUCAUUGAAAGAUCAUGAACCAAUGCUUUUGGUUAUUGAUGCCUUAGAUGAAAGCCAAGUGGAUGGCAAAAGUGAAUUGUUGGAAUUGAUUGCAGAAGAGUUUGAUCGACUGCCUAAAUGGAUUAAAAUCUUCAUCACCAGUCGUCCAGAACUUUCUGUUCAAAAGGAAUUGAAAGACAUGAAUCCUGUAGAAAUAGAAACUCAACCUCAUGAUAGAAAGAACAAAUACGAUCUGUUCAAGUAUUUAGCACAUGAGUUGAAUGUUAAUUUCUUCAUUGCUGACAGGUGGCACAAAAACAGUGAUGACUGUGAUGACAGUGAUGACUGUGAUGAUUAUGAUUACAAGGUUUUUCGUUUAUUAGUUGCAAAAUGCCAGGGUUCGUUUCUGUACGCUUACCACGCACAAGAGAGUUUAAAAAGAGAAGGAACUGAGCUAACUGUCGAGAAUAUUGAACAAUUGGUACCUACUGGGUUGAGUAAAUUUUACACAGAACAAUUCAAGAGAUUAAAUAAAUUAUUGAAAGAAAUAAUUUUAUCAACACACAAAACCGUUAUUUCCAAUGAAAACUUUACGGAAUGUCUUGAAGUGUUGGUGACUUAUCAAAGUAUUUUGCCUUUGUCUUUUCUUUUUCAAUGUUUAGGUUUUUCUGAUGACAUAAAGUUUAAAGAUCGUAUUAAAAUACAUGAAGUGCUAUCUCAAAUUUUUCCAAUUUACGAUGAUUAUUUGACCGUGUAUCACAAGUCUCUCGUUGAUUGGUUGAAAUCAGAUGGUUACGAAGAGCAUGAGUUUACAGUUGAUCCAAAAAAUGGUCAUAAGUUCUUAUGGCAUUCUUGUGAGAAAGUGUUUAAACAAAUCAAGUCUAUGAACAUUUUUGAAGAUCAGAUGAACACUGCUAUGAUUAAAUAUGCUUUGGAGAAAGGAAUCUAUCAUAUGAUAGAAUGUGGCGAAAAUGUUGACUUUAGUUGGGCAGUAGAUGUCAAAGUGGUUUGUGCAAGGUUAAUGGGUGUGGAAAACAUUAGCUUAAACAUUAGCUGGAAUACCAUUAGCUUUGAAUUGCGUAAAAUCAAUGAGGAACCACGAACUUUCUUGAGAAAAGAUGAACUUGAAGAAGAACUAUUUCAUUUAUUGAUGAAGUCGACGACAUAUAAGUUUCAUAGUAGCUUUAGCUAUUUACAGAUUAUUGCAAACAGAAUUCAUGGCAGUAAAGAAAAUAGAUUAUUGGCAAGGGAUUUAUUGAAACAAGGAAAGCUUGUUUGGUUUGAGGAUUUCGACUCAACAUAUUUAACAAACCAUCAUCAUUUGACUAUCUCCUUGGAUGCUUACGUUACAUCUCUUUGUGUGUCAUCCAAUGAAGAACUUCUUGCAGUAGGAUAUGAAAAUGGUCAAAUAUCUAUUUUUGAGCUUCCAGAAUUUAAACAACGAUGCACUCUCGGCACUGCACUUGAUGAUUUAAGGUUGGAUAAGUGGUAUGAUGUAGACACAUUUUUGUCCCUGUAUGACAACUGUUACUAUUCAAGAUCAGAGGACUUUUGUUUUGUACGUGGAAACAUCUGUUGCUGCUCCUUUUCACCUACCCGAAAUAGACUGGUAACUAGUGAUGGAUCUACUGAAGUAAAGUUGUGGGAUGUUAACAAUGGACGUUUGUUAUUAUGUUUACAUUCACAUCAUGCUGUUAAUUGUUGCUCUUUCUCAGAUUCUGGAUUGUUUAUUACAGCAAGAUAUGAUGGAAUUUCUUCUACACAUGUGUUUACUGCAUGGAAUUCAUUAACUUUGGAAAGAAUCGAUCGACGCUGCGUUGUUGAUUACCAAAAACUACAAUGCACCGAUAAAUAUUCAGAGUUCUUUGCUACAAAAUUCGGCGUGACUUCGAAUGUUUUUCAAUUCCCAAAGGCAAUAAAUAUUUUUUCAAGAGAAAGUAUAUAUUUACCACCUUUACGUUUGCCGACAACCCACCAUUAUCGUGAUUGUAUUUUUUAUCAUACAAGCCAGAAUGGAAAGCUUUCUGAAAUCACUCAGUUGACAAAAUACAACGAUCAAGGAGAAAUCGAGUUUUGUUUACCAAAUGUAAAUGAGUGUCCAUGUGUUGAUAGGACUCUUAACAAAGUCCAUCCUAUCUCGUUUAAGGAAUUUUACGUUGUGCCGUAUCUUUCCAAGCUUAAAAUUUUCAAAACUGGUCAUCUUUGGAGACCUUCAUUUAUCUUUGAGAAAUUUGAAAUUAAAUGUUGUUGUUUUUCACCUGAUGGAUCUUUUUUUGCUGCUUUUGCUGUUGGUGACCACGUCAACAUUCAUAUUUGGAGCAUUGAACUUUGCACUAUUAUUCAAACUGUACCAAUGCUACUGAAGAAUGCAAUAGGAUGUUGGUGGUCGGAUGGUUUACUGUGGAUAUGGGAUGGUUCUGAUCAUCUUAUGAAGAUAUCAACUUCGUCUAAAAACUUUGUAGAUUCUACUCAAGCAAAGUAUGUUAACAUUGGAUUUAAACCUAAGAAAAUCUUAACAUUUGCUGAUGUCUUAGUUUGUAUUGACGAACUAGAUUUUGUUCAAGUUGUUAGAAUUACGAAGGGUAAGAUACAAUACAACAAAAGACUUCCUGUCGAUAGUUUUGAAUUUAAAGCAGCAGCUGUAUCACCUGAUAAUUCUGUUAUUUUAACUGUAAACAAAACAGAAUACACAUUAUGGAAAUGGGGAAAUAACAACAAUGAACUUUACCUGGAACCUUGGCAUACUGCAGAAAUACCCAUAACAGCUGUCAUUGAAAAAUUUUGGAAACAGAUAACUGUAAAUGAUCUAAAGUUCAACUGUUAUAUAAGUGAUAGUAAACAAGCAGUCAUAACAUUUUGCAAAGGCACCACAAUUAUGAGCAUUUAUGUAAUUAAUGUUCACGAGAAUGGUGAUGUGAAUGCUUUUUUGCAUGAUGUCAGUGGUGAUUUGUUGGAAUCCGACCUAGUCGUACACAAAUCUUAUGGCAUUGGAGUGUAUGCUUUGUCAUUGGUUGCUGUAGAUUUAAAGAGUGGUAAAACGCCCGCUGAAUUUAAAGAUGAAUUAUGUUUUAUGCCUAAUAUAAUUAUGCAUUCCAAUACAGGAAGUUUAGCUUUAGUUGACAGUUUAUAUUGCGGAAUUCAAUUUUUAAAACUUAAUGUUCCUGAAUAAAUACAUCAAGUCAAACUUUAAUAGUAAAUUCAAAAAGCUGUUGAGAAAAUUGCACAUAGAUGUUGAUGGUUGUAAGAAUGAUUGCUUGUUUCCACUUAAUAUAGUUUUCUACAGAAGAAGUAUACUUAUUCUACCAGGCAAUCUUUAAGAAAUCAUCUAUAUUAACCAAAAAUAAAUUUGGACCAAUUUUGCAAAAGAUCUUUUAUGUUUAUCUGUACUAUUUCUUGCAAUAUCUUACCUCCUGCUAUUAAAGAAUGUAAAAUAUGAUCUAUGUUUUGCAAUAAUCUAAAAUGAUGUAUAAUUGCUUUUUAUAACACAAAUGACUUGUAUUUAAAAAGAGCGCUUCUAUAAUAAUUGAUCAUGAAUAUUUGUUCAUUCUUUUCUAAGAUUCUACUUGUAAUCUUCAUAAAUGAAUUGUCAUUUAAACAGGGCAUCCUCUAGAUUAGACUACUGCUGUAAGAUGCUCUGUCAAACUUAUUAUUAUGUAUUGUACCUCUGAACAAAUUUCAUGUUGAUGAUUUACUUUUUAAUAAAAAUGUAUGGUUA